AUUUCUGGGAGUUAUAACCAAAAGACCUGGGGACCCACAGGUUGAGAACCACUGAUCUAGAGCAAACUUGCCCAACAUAACAAACUUUAAGUACUGAUGGAGUUUCUCGGGGUUAACCUGGCAUGAUAUGAGUUGUAAUUCACCCACAACCUGAUGCAUUUUGUACAAUUAAAAUUGACUUUUUCUAAUAACCUGGGCAACGCUGGGUACCCAAGCUAGUAUAAUAAUAUACCUUGUUUCCCCGAAAAUAAGACAUCCCCAAAAAAUAAGACCUAGCGGAAGUUUUGCUGAAUUGCUAAAUACAAGGCCUCCCCUGAAAGUAAGACCUAGCCAAGUUUUUGUUUGGCAGCAUGCCCAGCGCCUGCCAAACAGAACACCAGAGCAUGCAGGAUUGGUAAAUGUACAUACCAGUUGUACAUGGAAAUAAUGGUAGUAACAAGAAAUUAUUGUUAGGAUUCACAGUUUGUCUGGUUAUGCUGGUUUGUGAUGACAACUACUGUACAGUAUAUAAUAAAUGUUCAUUUUUUUGUUCAAUAAUAAAUGUGAAUUCUUCUGCAUGGAAAAAUAAGACAUCCCCUGAAAAUAAGACCUAGCACAUCUUUGGGAGCAAAAAUUAAUAUUAGACACUGUCUUAUUUUCGGGGAAACACGGUAACAAGGCUAAUCAUCUUCCUCUCCAAAGGCUAAUGUACAAAGGUUUGUUUUUAAUUGCUUCUUAAAAUGAGGAAGCUGUCAGAAUUUCCAUAGGGAGGAGUUCCAGAUGGAAGGAGCAAUCACAGAGAAGGCCCCUCUCUCGGCCCCUCAAACCACACUGAGGUGGGACCAAAAGCAGGAACCCCUCCUUUGUACCAUUUCUCUGGUACAUUUCCUAAAAGUUAUAUGACCUGCAAUAAUUCAUUCUACAGGUUAUUUUUCUUUGUGGAAAUGAACCUCUCUUUAUCAGUUCCAUCCUGCUAUGUUUCUCCUGUGGCAGCAGGAAACACCUGAGCUUAUUUGCACUCUUCCAUAAAUCUGUUGUUCAGUUCACAGGUUGAAAAGUGAUUGCUAAUUCUCAGCCUUUGAGUCCCAUAUGUCAUGUGCCCCUCGCCAAAUAUGAAAUGUUACAUACAUAUAGCUGAAGCGCACUGCCUGCUGACUACAAAAGGGAAGUUCCCUAUACAUUGCUCUUAAGACAAGAUCACUUUAAGAUCCCCUUCACAAGCUUGCUGGCUAGCGCUUGCAUUUCCUUUCUGGUUUCUGCAACCACCUACAGAAAAACAAUGGAUAGAGACAAACAUCUGAAAGCGGCCAUCCUUUGGAAUCUUCCCCUCCUUUUCCAGUUCUGCACGGGUGAUGGUGUGACAACUGACUAUGACAUUCCCGAUGAUAAUUCAACCCUUGACUAUAGUAAUUUUGAAGAGCUCUGCAAGAAGGAGGAGAUUCGGAGAUUCCGAGCUACUUUCUUGCCCACCAUAUAUUCCAUUGUCUGCUUUGUGGGCCUGGCUGGCAAUGGCCUGGUCAUGCUGACCUACAUUUACUUCAAGAGACUCAAGACAAUGACCGAUAUCUACCUACUCAACCUUGCCUUAGCUGACAUCCUCUUCCUGCUGACUCUCCCUUUCUGGGCUGUCAGUGCAGCCAAAUAUUGGGUCUUCAAGGAGUUCGCUUGCAAGGCUGUCCACUGCAUUUGUCAGAUGAGUUUCUUUAGCGGAAUGCUCCUGCUUCUCUCAAUAAGCAUUGACCGGUAUUUUGCCAUUGUACAGGCUCCUUCAGCCCACCGUCAUCGUUCCCAGAGGGUACUUGCCAGCAAAGUCACCUGCCUCUCCAUUUGGAUACUGGGUUUUAUCCUUUCACUCCCUGAGGCAAUCAAUAGAGGCGUGUAUGACUAUGAAAGUCCAACACCACGCUGCACCAUUGUAACAGCAAACUUGCUUGCCUUCAGCACCUCCAUCAGAAUCUCUCAGAUGGUCUUUGGCUUCUUCAUUCCUCUGCUAGUGAUGACUUUUUGCUACUGGAUCAUCAUCAGGACCCUGUUACAAGCCCGCAGCUUUGAGAAGAACAGAGCCAUCAAGGUUCUCAUUGCAGUCAUGGUUGUCUUUGUUCUCUUCCAGAUGCCCUACAACAGUGUCAUGCUUGCUGAGACCAUCACGGCCUUCAACAACACAACUGGCCAAUGUGAUGCCAUCAAGCGCAUAGAUGUGGCCAGUGAUGUGACAUACAGCUUGGCCUGCUUCCGCUGCUGUCUCAAUCCUUUCUUGUAUGCCUUCAUAGGUGUCAAGUUUCGUAACGAUGUGCUCCGACUCCUUAAAGACCUGGGCUGUAUCAACCAAGCACAGCUCUGGAAAUGGUCAACAUAUCGAGAGAACAACCGAUGUUCUAUUGCCACAGAAACAGAUACCACCACCACGUAUUCCCCAUGAGAUGCUAUUGACAAUACAACUCAAAUUUUAAAACUUUCCAUGAACCUGAUAUUAAUGUCAACAGUCUUCCUGGGCCAGAAUCAGGAACUGAAUGAAGGACCACUGAAAUUCACCACAUGGGUACUUUGUUAUAGCUUCAUAAGGAACUGAGAGAUCGUCCCAUCUCCACAGAACAACUAACAGAACCCAUGUGACCAAAUGCCACAAGGCAGCAAAAAGUGUUCUACAGACUGUUGCUUAUGUGUCUGAAAAUGUGAGCCAAAGGACAAGAAAAAAAUGCUCUGUGAAAUCAAAAGAGGUUAUCUACAUUGGGCAUACAAAGGUGAUAACUAUCUUAAUAAUAGUCGUGAUGAAAUUGCAUCAAGAACCAUACAGGUACCAAAAGGUGACAAUAAAGUAAGAGGAAGGCAUAGGAACAAGUAACUGACAGAUUUCAUUGUUCAAUUUUUAGUUUCUUUUUCUCCUGUACCCACCUCCAGUAUCUUUUCCCCCUCAGCCAUCCCCAUACAGUUUUCCCCCUGUCAUCCCUAUUAUGCCAACUGUAACACAAACCAAAUGAUCAUUUGGCUCAGAGAACACCCUCCCUCCCAAAAGCUGGUUGAUCAAUUUUCCCUUGUCCUCACUUUGUAUCUACCUGUACAACCCAGAUGGUUGUGAGCAGUCCGUUUUAAGUGAAUCAAGGAUAAAAUGAAUGUGGUGUUAAAAUAUUGAUAAAUAUGUGUUUCCUCUAAAAAUGUGCAUUUUAACAGGAGCAUUGUAGAAUACGAUUGCUUUAUGUAUUUAUCUUUGUAUCUAUAGACAAUAGAAGGCACACACGAGUCAAAUGUUGUAUAUCGGUCUUGUUAUUAGUCAUUCUACUAGUGAGCAUCAGCUUUCUCAUUUCUACACUGUCCAAUGAUUAUGGUGGAUUGCAUAAUGAUACUUGCACAUGUAGCUUCAGGGCACCAUAGUAAAUUCUGAAGUGCAGGUGCUCAUCAUGAAUGCCACCACGGUUGUAGCCCCAAGUCCCAAAAGUACAGGCAACUAUCGUAAUCCAUAUCAUUAAGCCAGUUCUAACCGGUCAUAUCUACCACAAACCAAUUUAUACUGGUAAUGGCACUCCAUGCAGUCAUGCCAGCCACGUGACCUUGGAGGCGACGUGACCUUAUGGACAACGCCGGCUCUUCGGCUUAGAAAUGGAGAUGAGCACCAACCCUCAGAGUCGAACAUGACUAGACUUAAUGUCAGAGGAAAACCUUUACAUUUACCUUGUAAAGCUAGUGGGUUUUAACUGCUCAUUCGAAAGCAGUACCCCAAAUAUACCUUAUAACACAACCCCCACCUCUGCUACUAUGAUUAUUAUUUCAGCUAAUGUAGAAGGAAAGAGGAUAUAUGAGGGGGUGGCAAAUGAUAACAAACAACAUCAAAUGUCAAACAGCAUCAAUUACCUUGCAAACCGUGAUGCUACUACAUUAUAAACUUCCUAUAGAUUCUCUGUGAUCAAGCAGAUGCAUUAUACCAUCUGCUCAAUUGUUCUCUGAUCUCUUUUUAAAUAAAAUAUUGUAUAUUUGCUAACUGAACAUUGUUAAGAGAAUUAUUGUAAAAACCCUGUACUCACAGGACCAACAUCUGAGGUUUCUUUUACCUUCAUCUAACAAAAUAUGCACUCUCUAGUAAUUUUCUAGGUCCUCCAGGGCAACUCUAUGGCAAUUUCUGGCAGAAAUUGUUCAUUUCAAUAAGGCUUGGAAAUAUUCAGUUUCCUGUUUCCAUGAUAAGUAAAGGAAUGUAUUAGAUGCAGGGCUUGUACUGUACUACCGUUGGCUUACUUAAGGGAAAUUCUUAGCCAUAAUUUAAAUUUGACAAAGGAAUCCUACGACUUAUGAGCAUAAGGUAGUACAGUGAUAUUUCUCCAGUAGAGCAAACUGUUAGAAGAUAGUUUCUUAAUAAUGAGAGCAAUUGGAAAAAUGUUCAGAAAUUGAGGGGUGAGGGAGGAGUUUCUUACUUUGCCUCCCUAGCCACCACUUCAACAACAAACAAUAUAAGCACGAUAUAUGUCUGAUGGUCAUAAAGGAAGAUGAGAACUAUUUUGAUUGGGACUGGGGGGAAAUGGCAGAGAUCGCUCUGAAUUCUGGACAGUGCUUUGAGGAGAGCUGCCUCACUGGAGAUAUGAUGCAUGAAACUGACAUUUGCUAUCUUUAGGAAUGCUAAGCUGUAUGUCUGACACCUGGUUAUUGUGUCAUUUUGUAAAUAAACCCUAUAUUAUAGAAA